GUUCGUUACGACUUUCAAAUAAAAACAACAGGAAAAAGCAGUUUGCAACGGGCGCGCGUAUGAUAUACGUCGGAGAGGCUCGCUUGAGGCAAAAUCAACACGUUUUAACGUGUUUUUUGUCCGUCCGGUCAUUAACCGUGACAACAAACAGACCAGCAAACAAUUAUCAAACACAUAUAAUAAUAGAACAUAAAAACGUGAGAUAAUGGAUUUUCGGGAGCGAUACAAGAGGAUCGGCUUCGGCCGCGAAGAUAUUGAGAUUAACCGGGCGCUUAGAAGUCAACGUCGCGAUGAGGCUCGUCGCGAAAUGCGCAACGAAUGUUUCAAUAUAAAACGGGGCAUGAAUUGUAAUUGGGACGAUAGUUUGGAGCGAAAAAAAGAGAAUAUGAACAAAACGAAACCGAUGAAUCCUGAAGAAGAGGCGAAGAAAAAAGCUGCUGCAGAUUUGGAAGCCGCAGUUCAGAAACGUUUCCAGCAGUUAAUGAAAUGGCGCGAAGAAAGGAAUCGACGAAGGAUUCAAGAAAAAAAACGAGCUAAACCUGUAUUUAAAGUUGGAGUUGUUCAUCAUCGUAUGUACUCUCCACCAUUGACCAAAAAUUCAACAGCUACACCAAUAACAAAACUUUGUAGAAAUAAAGAAAAUCAACCAGAAGUACUGCCAAAAAGGGUGACUAGAGCAACUGAAAAACGUUUAGCUAUAAAAUCUGUAACAAAUCAUCAAAAACGUGAAAAUUUGAAAACUAAAAAAACGACUGUCAAGAUUACAGAGGAGAUACCUGUUAUACCAAAGGACCACCAAUUUAAAGCUCCCAUUGGAAUCAUACCACUUCCAAUGUUUGGUCGUCAUGCUUUGGAAAGUACCAAUGAAAAUAUGGAAUUAGAUUUAAAUUUGAAUACAUCGUUCAGUAACAGCGAGGCUUGCCAAAACUCAUCUUAUAAUUCAAACCACAUAUUUUCAUCUACCACUCACUCAUCGAUCUUACCUACAUUGACGGAUACAUGCUUAAAUCAAAAUUAUAAUACCGAUCCCUGUGAAAAGUCAAAUCAAAGUUUGAACGAUUCGAUGAAUAAUUCAUCCGUGGAAGCAAUAUCUCUAAAAAUUUCAUUCGACGAUCAGGAAAUUCUAAAAAAUGAGCAAAAUACUAAUACUGAUUGUAAAAUAGAUACUAGUUUAAAAAAAAAUACAAGGUCAACGACGAAUAAAAAGAAUUCCUUAAACAAUAUGGAUUCAACUAUAGAGCGGAUGACACAUUCUAUGGAGAGUAAAGAAAUUGUGAAGGAUCAAAAUAAUGUUACCUCCAACCUAUCAAAAAAGAGUGAAAUGGUAAGUAAAAGAUCUACAAGACUUACAAAUAGAGCUGCUGGUUCUACAAGCCAAACAGAUGAUGUUCAUUCUAUUGUGGAAAAUCGAAAAGGAACAAAUACUCAGAAAAAUAUCCAUUCAACUUGUAAAAGCCCCAAAUUGAAUUCUAGCUUUUCGAAACAAAAGAAGACGAAAUUAUUAACAAAUAGAAAGAAAUCUAAUAAAAUAUCUACCGAUGAAACUGUUAGCAUUAAUAAUGCAGAGAUGGAAAGCAGUUUUCCUUUAGAGAAUCAGAAAUUGAAUAAUAAUUCAGAUUCGACUAAAAAUGCUAGCCCAAUAGAUUCCGCUAACUUAAACAAAAAGAAAAGUAAAUUAUCAAAAAUAUCCAAUAGAAAGUCUCUUAUCGAAGAUAAAAGCAUUAAUGAUUCUGUAAAGCAAUCAGAUUUUAUUUUGGACUAUCAAGAAACGUCAGAAGAGCAAUUGAAUGCUGAUUCUAAAGGGUUAAACCUUAUGGAUUCAAGUAUCACUGAUCAACAAAAAAUGAAAUCACAUGGUAGAAAAAAAGUAACGAAAGUAGCCAAUGAAGCUCAAAAGUACAUUAACGAAUUGCAAGAUGAAUCCUUGAUAAAGUUUUCUCCGCGUCGUUCGCUAAGACAACAAACUGAAAAGGCUUCAAAAUCAGCAAGUUCCAUGGUAGUAGAAACGAGUCCAAAAUUACUGCCUAACGAUCAAACGAAUUUUUCAUGGUUGGCAGAGUCAUUGAAUGUAUCAACUAUUUCUGAACCAGUGAAACGAAAAACAUUGGAUAAGAAAGACGACAGUUUGCAAAAUUUUAGUUUAAAUUUAUCGAUUACUAAAGAAUCACUUUUGGAUAAACCACCUGCGUACUUUUCACCUUACAUAGUAACGAGUCGAGGUAAAAGUAGUGUUCGUAAGGAAAUUCAGCGCCACUGUUUGAAUCAAUCUUCACCCACGGAAAUUCCAACGAAGGACACGGUCAUGCAGAGUCUCAACAUAUCUGUAGAAGAAGAGGAGCGGACAGCUCAAUACUACAAGUACAUUCUUAAUCAAGAAAUUGAUCGACUAAAUGAGCGCUGCGACUUUUGGAAUGUAGUAAAAGAAGAUGAUACUACCCCUGAAGAGAUCCGCGAUGUGAUACAAGCAGCAGUUGGCCAAACGAAACUGCUUAUUAACAAAAAGUUUGAGCGCUUUCGUAGUCUGGUACUUGAUUGCGAAACCGGCAAAGGUGAAAUGCUUGUAACGUGUAAAGAUCUUCAAGGAUUUUGGGACAUGAUGUAUAUGGAAAUCAAAGACUGCGACAAUCGAUUCAACAAACUUGAGGAGCUAAAGCGCAUGAAUUGGAUAGACAAGGAGUCGCAGAAGGUCAAGGACACACAACAAUUACAUAAAAAGAAAUCUGUAGCGGCAAAGAGGAUAGUUAAUAAAAAAAAAACUUUAUCUACAAAGCCAAGUUCACUCAGGGCUCAUAUUAUGGCUGCAAGAAAGAAACAGAUUGGGGGUGGAGAUAUCGAUGUUGAUGUCGAGAUGCACAAAGAUAAAAAUCUUAACUUUCACGGAGAAAAACACUCUAGAAAUUCAAGCGUCAAAAGUGCAAAAAAAAUCGCUCGUCGAACUUCUACGCCAAAAUCUUCAAAUAAGUUACAGCCUCUAAUAAAGAAAUUGUCACAAAGCCAAAAAGCUACUACAAGUCCAUUGAUUGUAAUGAAACUUAGUCAAAUGUGUAAAACGCCGGAGAUUCAGCUAGAUGACUCGAUCGUCUACGUCAAUUCAGGUCGUACUCCAGCCAAAAGUAUUCUCAAAUCAUCCAAGGAUGAUUUAAUAGGCUUUACUGGAAAAUCUUCAAAUAAAGUCUUGUUUAAAGAGCAGCCUAUGGAGUUUUACCAGUUAGAAAAUAAUAAAAGCAGUAAUGGCGAUCAAAUUAAUAAAUGCGUAGAGCCAAUUGAACGGAAAUUGAAUUUUGAAAGCGACAGCUUUAACACCUCUCAUACAGAAGAUGAAGAAGAAAGUAAUAAUUUAAUAAAUUUUUCACAUCAAAGUGAAAAAAAUAUUGUAAAAAAUACUCCUCGUAAACGUAGAAAUCCUAAAAUCAUAAUUCGUGAAGAAAGUAAUCCCUUGUCUCCAAUGGAUACAACAGCUGAGAAUUCAUCUACCAAAUAUUUAAGUAUUCCGAAAUCUGCAAUAAGGGAUGAAAGUAUUAUGCUCUCUGUGUCGCCUUUGACUUUAAUGGACAGCAAAGUCGAAGAUUCUAGUAAAAAAGCGACGAAAACGAAAAAACAGAUUUCGUUCAAAGAAGAUUUAAAUGAAAGUUAUUCGCGAAAUCUUAGAAGUAGAAACUUUACAGUGCCAUUAACACCGAGAUUAAAUUUAAAAAGCUCUAUGAAAAAGGUUGAUGAAGAUUUAAGUAUGGAAGUGAAUGACAGUAUACAGGAAUAUACAGACAACUCACCUUGCUCUACUGAACGAAACAAUCAGUUAAAGGAAUUAUAUUUGAAUGCAGAUGGAAUCAUAUGUCAAAGAAGUAUUGUAAAAAAAAAAAAUAUCUUAAACACACCAAAACUAAAGCGAAGCAAUUCUGAUAUACAAGAAAUAGUUUCUCCAGUGAUUGAAAUUGCUAAUGAAAAUAAAAAGUCAUCAACAACUCCUAGAGUUAGGAGAAAUACAAAAAAAUCGCUUAUCGGUACAGAGUUAAGGGAAGAUAACGCAAACAUAUCUGUCGAAGAAAUCGCUAAAAUAACGUUGAAUAGGACAACAAAAGUUCUCAAUUCAACAAAUAAUAUAAACAAAAUUGAUAAUAUUGAAUAUGAGAAAAAUAAUAUUAAAAAAACCAGCUCGACACCAAUAAAUAGAAAAUUAAGCUUAAAGAACAUUUCAAAACAGAUUGUAACUCCAAAUUCAAAAAGAAGAAAUUCAAAGAGAUUUACAGAGAAUUUGGAAGGAGACAUACAGCAGACUGAUUUAAAUAAUACAAUAGGUGAAACAUUAACACCGAAUAGACGAAAAAGUUUACGGAUAGCACGAGUAAACACAAAGAAAGAAGAUUAAAAUUAGUAAUAGGAAUACAUUUAUUACUUAUUACUGAUUUGUGUAUUAAAGAUAAAAAUGUAUGUAAGAGCAUGAGAUUAACAAUAAAUCUUGAUUUAAUUUUAUACCUACUUAAAAAAAAAAACAAAAAAAAAACAAAAAGGAAAUCAUAUAACAGAUUUUACUUAUAUUUGCUUUGAAAUCUAUUGAUAGACUAUUAUAUUACACCAGCUGAAU